CCAGCCAGGUAGGAGAGAUUUACAUUGUAGCCUCCAUACUCUGUGAGAUGUACAUCGAGGUUCCACAAGUUUCGAAAUGCUGCUGCAAAAUAUCAUUAAAAGUUGGGAGUUUCAUUGUAGCACUGUUAAAUAUUGUGUUAGGAGUAGUCACAAUCGGUACUGCCAUCCUGAACCUUAAUUCUGACAAACAUACUGUCUUUGCAAACGACUUUGCUGCAUUCUACCACUACAUUGGUCUUAUAUUUAUUCUUCUUAUCGGUGUGUGCCUUCUCAUAACAUCAUCUAUGCUGGUCACAGCUUUGAUAAAGGAAAAGCACAACUAUAUUCUGCCAUUCUUUCUGGUUGAGAUUCUGAUGUUCCUAAUGACAGUUACUGGAUUUAUAACAUUUUUCUUGAAAAUGUUUUCAAAUCCUUCUCCAAACGCGUUUUACACAAUGAUACUAUUGUUAACUGGAGGUGGAUGUUUCUACUGCUUCAUUGUUGUCUAUAGUUACUAUAGAGAAGCUACUUGGAGCUCUACUAUAACAUGAGAAAGAGACUGAGGAAAGAAAUAAGUGACUCAAGAGUUUUACUUAUGGUUAAACUCAUAAGAUGAUGCUACAAAGAGGCAUAAAAAAAUCUACCUUAAAGGCUAAACAUAAUUUAGUCCCUCAAAUUAU